AUGACGUCGAGGACGCCCGUGAACGUCAUCACGGGCGUCCUGGGGGCCGGGAAGACGACGGUGGUGCGGGAGAUGGUGGCGAAGAAACCGAGCGAGGAGCUUUGGGUGGUCAUCGUGAAUGAUUUCGGUGCGUUGGGCAUCGACGGCGCGCUCGUCGAUGACGUCUCGGGACGCGUCGUCGACGGCGCGGGCGCACCGCGCGUGGUCGUGCGAGAGGUCUCGGGUGGGUGCGCGUGCUGCGCGUCGUCGUCGCCGUUUGAGAUCGCGGUGGCGCAGACGAUUCGGAGAUUUCGACCGAGCCGGGUGCUCGUCGAGCCGAGCGGACUCGGCGACGCGGGGAAGAUUAUCGACGCGUUGCGAUCGAAAAAUCUGCGAGAGAGCGUGGAGGUGCGGGCGACGGUGUGUGUGGUCGAUGUGCGGGAAUUUGGGGCGAGGGCGACGGGGGUGAGAGCGAGCGAGUUGUUUCGGGCGCAGACGGAGUGCGCCGAGGCGCUGUGCGGGACGCACCAGGACGUCGCGGACGACGGCGACGUCGAGCGGUUCAGGGAGUUCGGUGAGGGGUUUUGGCCGAAGAAGAAUGAUAUUUUCUUAGCGCGCGAGCGCGACUGGGCGGUGGAUCUCGCGACGCUGGACGCGGCGUGCGGAUGGGAGUCGCGCGCGCCCGCGACGGAAGACGAAGCGUCUCCGUCCGCGGGCGCGGGCGCGUCGAGAGGUCGCGGACCUUUCGAGCUCGUCCCGCGUCUCGUCGCGAAUGGAACACCGUGGAUGGUGAAAAAUGAGAGCGAUGAUCAUUACGCAUCGUGCGGGUACGCGUUUCACGCCGACGACGUCUUCGUUCGUCCGCUGCUCAGAAAGUUUUUUGACGAAUUCUUACUCCAACGAGCCGAUGUGGUCCGCUUCAAGGGCGUCCUUAGACUCGGCGCCGAGUGGGCGCGUCCGGACGUCGACAAAACCGAUCCCGCUCGAGGGAAGAAGAUCGCGUUCACGGAAUCGUCGUACCGUCGCGACAGUCGAAUCGAGGUCAUACGUCGCCGCUCGCCGGAUGUCUCCCGAGCCGACGACGACGACUUCUGGAACGAAAUCCGCGGUCGACUCGUCGCCUGUCGCAAACCGCCUCGACCGUGA